AGUAAAGCCUGGAAGGAUCCAGCCAUGCAAAGGCUGGCCCCUUCGUGUUGGGGGCCAUCAGAGACAGGAUAUGGUCGGAUGAUGCCUCUGGUGAUUUUACAUCAUUUCUCUCCGCCUUCAAACAAUCCGAUUUCAUUGCCAUGAGGAGGACCUCCGCCCCCUGGAGCUCGGGGUAAGUCUUGCCAUGUGACAAAGCCCUAGGCUGAUUAGAAAGAUAACCUGAUGAAGGGCUGUUUUUUCCCCCCCUGAAAGUAACGGUAGAACUGCGGUCGGCGGUUGUUACAACCACAAUGUGAAUUAUUAUGAAUUAACUGACACAUAUUUUUCUACACCCAUCCAUGCAAGUACACUCCUGGUUUCAUAAAAAUCCCUCUCAGUUUCAAUAUAUGUCCAACAAAUGAAGCUAAGUUCUGCUAAGCUUCUUCACCUGCAACAUGUAGAACUUACACAGCUCUACACAUCUCACAGUUUACUGCAUGCCUUCACCGAGUUCAGUGUUUUGUGUCAUACCAAUUCUGGUUGAAAAGAACUGUGCCAUUUACCAUUGUAUUAGCAAUUCAGUGCCUCAUUUGAACCAUGUAAAAUCUCCAUAGUGGGCAUGAUCAGCUCAUUCCCCGUUACCAUGGAGAAUGGGGCAGGUCAUAAACAUUCUUCUCCUCAUCCUCCCCCUCAUCCUUGUUUGUGUGAGUUCCCAGAGUAAAUCUCCAGUUUCUAGGGUUUGUGCUGAGGGUUGGGGGGUUGAAAGGUUACUUGCGGCGAUUCUUCUCUGCAGUGAGAAGUGAAUAGAUGCUGAAAAUCCAUGCACCAAACACACAAAAUAACCCUCUCUUCUCAGUCUCCUCUCAAUAAACAUCUGCUGAUAUGUUACACCACUUGCUAACAUAUUGGGCUGCUCAAAAGAACCAUCAAAUAACCAUUAUGAUUAUCUGUCUGUCUGUCAUACUAUCUAUCUAUCGCUGUGUAAUUGAGAAACGUGGUGACGUAAAUCAUCUCGACACUUUAAUUAUGUCCUGACCCCGCCUCCGUCAUGUCACUUAUUGCGUUAAUGAUCAUGCCACUCUCAGUGGGCGGGGCCGUUGAAGAUGCCGGCUAAAAGGCGAGUGCGUCUCUGUUUUAGGCGCCGUGCCGUUCACGGCGACGUAGCACCAUGCUGUCCAUGCUUUUUCUCUUCGUUUUUCUAUCCUACCGGGACAGAAACCAGGUCAGAUCGGAAUACAUCCUGAGCCAGGCGCAUUUGGACACAGAGAAGCGCAGCGCGAGAGCGUCACUAAGCACAGUUUGCGCACAAGUGUCCCGCUCGCAGGAGGGCUUUAUCUACAAAGUAUCGGACGGAACCGAACUGGUGCGCUCGGACGUCAGUUCCUCUGGUAUUCUUCUGAGUUGUACUAUCACGGCGAACCAGUCGCAGGUUGAGGCGUUUGUGCGUCAGUGCGGCGUUGACGCGCUCGAGUCACAGAGAGAUGCUCCAGAGCGGCUGGACACGCGGUUUGCGCGCAUGAGUGAAGCCAAAUCAGUGUGCUCUGAGUAUCAGCAGAGUUCACGGCGUGAAAAACACGAGGAUGCUGAAGACUCCACGAACCCGCAGGAGCCGGUUUUGAAGAGAUCCAAGAGAGGCUUCACUUACCCGGGGACCCUGUGGUGUGGAGCCGGGAACAUGGCUGAUGACUAUGACCAGUUAGGACAUUUUGCAGAGACGGACAGCUGCUGUCGCACACAUGACCACUGUCCUCAUGUUAUCCACGCUUUUUCCUCCAAAUAUGGCCACACCAACUUCAAGUGGCACUCUAUCUGUCACUGUGACUGCGACAAAGCGUUGAGAGCUUGUUUGAGGAAAGUCAAUGACACCUCUUCCAGAGUUGUGGGUCAGGCGUUCUUCAACGUCAUCGGUGUUCCUUGCUUUGAGUUUAUCUACGAAGAACAGUGUGCAGAGAGACAGUGGUACGGCCUGUGUAAACGCUAUGAGAAGUUCCCCAUUGCUGUGUUGAAGAACGCCGUUGCCUACGAAUAUGGAGGCAUUGAUGUCAUCGAUGAGCUUACGUUGGCUCCUCCAAGGAAAGAAGGUUCCAAGGAGAACACUGAGGAGGAGGAGGACCAGGAGAAGAAACAGCAGCGUGCCACCCAGUUCACAGUAUCCACCACAGAGGAGCCGUCACUCACCAAUGUGGUCACUGCUGCAGAGGAUUUCAUCAAAGUCCUGGCUACUGUCUCUACCUCUCAAAGUUCCUCCUCCACUGACUUAGACGGAGGCGAGAAACCAAGCUCUGAAAAGAAGAGAAGGAAGAACAAUGGGAAGAAAAAGAAAACCAAAAAUCAAAAAGGAACAAAGAAGAAACAUAAAGCAGUGUCAAAUGGGAUAACACCAAACACAGCUACGGUUUCACCUGCUGGCAGCAAACCUGGAGAAGUCAUCGCUCUAUCCAACGUCAUCAGUGAGUCACAGCAACCCAGCCAGUUAGGCAAAAACACAAACAGGGUCAGUGCCCAUGAAAACCAGUUUCAAGUCGUUAGAAGCAAAACGGCUGUGAAGGACAACAACAGUUUGGUAAAAGAAAACACACAUUCAUCAGCAGCAAACACAACAAUAAUUCCACCUAAAGGAAUGAGGAUGGGGAGAAGAAAGAAGAAUCAGAAAGUCCCUGUUGCUUCCAUGAACACAAUAGAUGACUUAGGCAGUUCUUCUGCCCCCACCAUCAUUACCAUAACCACCGCAAAAAAACAAAGCCCUGGUGCUGAUGCUGAGAAAGGGCCGGUUGUCAGCUCUGUCACUGAACCCUCCACAGUCAAAAGGAACAAGUCAAAGGAGCAGAGACUCAGACAGAGAAGGAAGAAGUGGAGGAUGGUCAACCUAAAUUCCUCUGUUGUGACUGGUGGCCUACAACGUUCCUCUGUAGAGAUUCCAAAAGCAAGCUCUCUCGCUGUCUCCAUCACAGCACCAGAACUGUCUCACAGAAAGAAAAAGAAGUCAAAAACAAAAACUUUGAACAUUAUCAGAGGAGAUUCUAUGGACAAGAAAACCAGAGGACAGAAAGACGUCAGGCUGCAGAAAUCUGAAUUUCUUAACUGUCCGUCUUCAUUCACGAGACAUUCAAAGGACCAGGGUGCCAGAGAGAAAAGAGAAAAACAAAAAGAAGACAGUGGAGUGUCCUUCACUGUGGCCACUGGCUGUAACGACUCCUCUGUGGACACUGACCAGACCGUCCCUCUCACUGUGCUGCCCACUGCCCUUCCAACACAGCCACAGGUUUUGAACCUGACUUUUGGCAGUUCAAAAAAGCAAAAAUCAGAAGAGAGGGGAUUGAGGCGCAGGGCAACGUCUUUGUCACUUUUGGGAAUGAAACCAAGGCGGAAAAACAACUCUGUAAAUGUGUCGUCGGUUUUUACAAUUUCAGAGACAACUGCUGCACCUGUGUUUACAAAACAACAGAACGAAGACAACAGACGGCAGAGGGAGCCCGAACAGAAAGACACGACUACUCCUCACAUGUCUGCAGUUUCUGUCCCAGAACUAAAGGAGGACACACACACGACAUUCACAAACACACACUCCAAAGCCACUGUUGCAGAGGAGCUGCGGCCCCCUCCACCCUCCUCUACCUCCCCUGCUCCUCUGAUUGUGAGCCCCAUCCAGUUAUCCAUAGAGAAAGUCAAAGCACAUUUUAACAGGAAGAAAAGGAGAAAAGCAGCUCUGUUGUCAGGAUGGUCUUAAUGCAGCUACGUUAGCAAACAUCUUUCAAUGAAUGUCUUUUGUUUUCUUGCCAUGACUUAAAUACAUUUCACUGAAAUAAAUCUGGUCUUUUUGUUUUAGUUUUUUAAAUCUGAUUCAUUUAGACGAAUUAUCUCUGCUUGUGC